UGGCCUGCUCUGUGCCGGAUAACACCACCUCCGGCGACCCAACAGCCGGAUCCCAGUGCGGGUCAACGACGUCCUCCCACCGCGUCGUCGUCCCCAAACAGCAAAGGUGAGAAAGAGACCCAGCAGCCGAAGAAGAAAGUGAGACCCAUGAGCGUCAAUCCGCGCUUUGAAACGCAACCGAUGACGGAGGACCAACCAGAUAUGCAAAUCCCCAACGGGAAAGAGAACACAACAAGUAAUGGCGAAGAGAAGGAAGCGAACCCCUAG